AAAAAUCAUGACUCUAAACAAAGUGUUACUGUCCACUGAUGUUGCAUUAGUAUGUGUACAACAUGCAUUAUCAACUGAAAAGGAAGAAAUAAUGGGACUACUCAUAGGAGAAGUCCACAACAAUGGUAAUACGGUAUCAAUUGUGUCUUCUGUCAUCUUAAGACGAUUAGAUAAAAAACCAGACAGAGUGGAAAUAUCAGAGGAACAGUUGGUGCAAGCAACUUUUAAAGCAGAGGCAUUAGCAGCUGAAGUAGGACGACCACUGAGAGUUGUGGGCUGGUAUCAUUCUCAUCCACACAUAACAGUUUGGCCAUCACAUGUUGAUCUUGCUACACAAUCAAUGUACCAGAGGAUGGAUUCCAGUUUUGUUGGCAUAAUAUUUGCAGUAUUUCUUACAGAACAGUCAUCAAAAGCACCAUCGGUACAAAUUACAUGCUUCCAGUCUCAUAAUGAAGGUUCAACUCAAAGUAGAAGAGAAAUUGAAAUGAAAAUAAUAAAUGACAAUGAUUCUUUAUUAUUAAAUAACUUCGAAACACUAACUCAACUGCCGGCAAUCUUGAAAGAAGAAGAAGAUGAAGCCUAUAAUAAUGAAGUUGGUCAAAGUGAAACAGACGAUAUUAUUAACAAACAACAUAAUGCCGCCGUAAGAACUAUUGCAAUAGGACAUAUAGUUGAAAAGAUGUCUCGACCAAUGUUAGAGGGUCUUGUUUCACGAAAUGAGCUCAAUAAUGUACGAUUACAAGCAUUGAAAAAACAACAUCAAGAACUAAUGUCUAAGUUGGAAAAUAUGUCCUGUAAUAGUUAAUACUAUGGGUGCCUAAAAAAUUAGCUUUGAACCAUAAUUAAAUUAAUAUGUUACAGUCUCAGACUUGUGGCGACUUCAUAAAAAACAAUAAAACAAAAUUUUU